CCCCGGGGAGCAUCUGUGUUGUCUCCCUGCGGCUGGGUGCACCUGUUCGCAUUAGCUUUUGGUUUGGAAAUGGCGGGAGAAAGGGGAAAUGAGGGCAGUUUGGUGUGGAGCUGCUGGGAGAUGCGAGAGCCCCACGGGAGCUGGUCCCUGAGCUCAGGCUGGCGUCUCUCUGCAGGUGACGGGGACAAGGAUGGCCGUGGUGAUGGCCACUGGGGACAGCCUGGACCUGAGCGAGGAGUGGCAGGACGAGGACUUCCCUGGGCCCCUGCUGGAGGGGUGCCCGGGGGCCGGCGGUGCCCCGCGGCACAUGCGGAGGCGGCUGCCGGCGCUGGAGUGGACCGAGAGCACUGAGCGCUUGCCGGACGCCAGCAUCGACAUCGACCUGGAUGCGCUGGAGACACCCUCGGGCAGCGACGGCUUCGAGUGGGAGGAGGAGCUGCUGCACACCUGGAGCUUCGCCAAGGGGGCUGGCAGCCAGCGGGUGCCAGACGCGGAGGACAAGCAGCCAGUGGAGAGUGUGGAUCUGAGCGCAGUGGAGCCCUACAGCGGGGUCCUCUCCCACGGGGGGUACCACAGUGAGGGCUUCGGUGCCAUGCUGCUCUUCGCUGCCUGCCACCUCCCAGACAGCAGCAUCCCCCGGUACAGCUACGUGAUGGAGAACCUGCUCAGGUGGGGGUCCCGGGCGGGCUGGGAUCUUUCCACAUGCCCCAUGCCUCAGUUUCCCCAAGCUGACAGGCCAGGCUGUCCCUCCAGGUACAUUGUGGGCACCCUGGAGAGGACGGUGGCUGACUGCUACGUCCUGGUAUGCCUGAGUGGGGUGGCAGCACGGGGACAGAUCCCCUCCUUCGGCUGGAUGAAACGGUGCUACCAGGCUAUGGAUCGGCGGGACGUUCGCCUCCUCCCCGGGGCUUCCUAUGCCAGCUGCUGGUGAACCGGCCCCAUCACACAAGGGUGUAAUGAGCUGCGGGGGCCUCGGCCCCCCCAUCUCGCCCAGCCCCACCUUCAGCGGCAAGGUCUGGUUCGCUGCCAGCCUUCGGGAGCUCUCCCAGCUCGUCCCCUUGGAGCUGGCGCAUGUCCCCGAGCCCGUCCGGCAGUGAGUCCCCUCUGCAGGGCUGGGGGUUGGGGGGGCGGGUUCAUGCGGUGCCGGCCACGGAUGCUUUUCUCUCCCCAUAGGCUGGAACCAAGCUGGGAUGGCAGCCGGGAUGUGAUACGGUGACAGGGACACACAGGGACAAGCAGUGGCAUCAGGGGGUCUCGGCAUGCCCAAAGCAGUCCCCGAGCGCCCAUGGGAAUAAAGGGACGUGGAUGGGAGCACAGUG